CUGUGCGACCGCCCAGCCCCUCGUCUGCGGCCCGUGUUCCUGUGGGCGCGCCAGCGAGACGGCGAAGUGCAGGAGGUCCGCUGCGAGGACUACGACCCUCGGAAUCGUAUCCGCAUAGCGCGAACUCCCUCCGGUUGGCGCGUGAUCCCGCGCACCGAGAUAUAUAACUCUAUCCGUGUUCCCCCGCCCCCCGCGCCGCCGGUGACCCCUCGCGAGCGUCGCCGGCGCAGACGUUCCCGUCGUCGAGCGCGCUCCUUAGCGUCCGUUGCGCCUCCCGAGCCGGCCGAGCCGUCCCCUCGGCCCGCGCCCUCCGUGUGGUUGCAGCCCGACCUGGAGUCCCACAUCCCGUCCCACACGAUCGCGGUGCCGCGGCCGCCGCCCACUCCCUUGGACAACCUGCUGGCGGUGGCCGAGCUGGAGUUCAACCAGCAGCGCGGCGAGCGUCUCCUCGAGCUGGACGGCCCCUCGUCCUACCCCUUCUUGCCGGGCGAGGAGGUCGCCCGUGACGUCAUGUCUUUCGAUCUCGGUGAACCGAAGCGAGCCGACGACACGAUGUACUUCGAUCGGAAGGCUCCUCCCGACCGCGCCGAAGAGUACGCCAGUGAGAUCGGUGCUCAUAAAGAUCUGUUCGAGACCAUCAGCGAGGUACAUUACCUGCCGGAGUUGGGAGGACCGCACGAUGAAGCUCUGCUGGAAUCGUUAGUUGAAAAGGGAUGCGAAGACAACCAGAUACUCGGGCAGGCUCUCGAUAAGUUGGCUCAUCUUGUUCACGGGUCCGGAGAAUAUGCAGAGGAAGAGGCCGAUAUGCUGCUGAACAACGCGCCAGUGUCGGAUAUUAUAAACCGCCUGGAACAGACGCUGGAAUCCCCCGGACAGAGCAGUAUCACCGCUGCUCAGGGACUCCUACAUUUGCAUCAUAUCGGUGAUCACAUGACACAAGCGGACCCCGCUCAAGAAGUAGAACAAUCUUACAUGACUGAAGAAGUAUUUCCGCCGCCGGAAACGACGCAAUGUCCUGUCGAGACCGUGCCCGCUGUCAUCGAGCCACAAGAAGCGAAUGAAGACAAUCAAAUUGACUAUAAUAUUGAAGUUGAAAAGAAAGAACAAGGUGAAGUCAGCGUCGACGACUCUAGUUACAACGAACCUGAAGCUGACACGAAGGACACGUAUGAAGAAAAGACAUACGAAGACCCACAGGUUGAAUCAGAUCCUGAUCAAAGCGAAAUUAACACAGUCGAUGAACCACCUAGUGAAGAACAGCCGCUGAACGCAAUAUGUCCCCAAAAAAGUGAACAAAUCCAAGAAGAUCCUGAAGAGGACACCGCUGAAGUCGCCCUGGAAAGUAUUCAACAAAUUCAAGAGAGCAUUCCACCAAUCCAGGACGUACAUGACGAAUAUGAUAAAGAUAUUUCAGAAGAAUUAUCGACCAAAGAUGAUCAACCUACAGAUUUAAGCACAAAACAUGUUGAAAAGAACAUUCCUCCCUUCAUGCUCGUCAACGAUAAUGACACUUCGCAUAUUCAUGACAACAUGUCCGUUAAUGACGAACAACCUAAGGAUUUAACGGUCCACAGGCGCCUGCCGACACCGCACGCCUCGCCGCGUAGAACGGACGUGCCGCGAGCGCCGUCCAGGGAGUCGGAUGCGAUGCAAUCACCACAACCCAGCGGCAUCCCGGCUGUACCGUCCUCGCCAGAAAUAUUCACGAUGCCGCUCACCAAGAGCAAACAGACACUAUUUUUGGAAACUCUUUUAUCCUCUCCCUCGCCUAAGAUGUACACGUCCGAAGUUACGAUAACAAAACAACAGUGUGAACCGUUAAAUUUGGGAAAACAUAGAAAGUCUGCCAGCCCCACUGUGUCCAGCUGUUCCGACGAGAUGAAGAAACUCAAUAAAGAGUUCGGUGAACCUCAGGAGAAAAAGUUGAGACGCGAGUCCACCGAGGACUUGGCGAAGAUAAGUAAGGUGUUCAAGAAAUGUGGAGAAGAACAGUUAUCUAAAAAACCUGAGAAACUCCACAGUCAGACUUACGACGAAGCGACACCUCAACAACAAUUCCAACUAUUGAAAUCGAGUCCAGAAUUUCACAUUCCUGAUCCUCUAUUAGUUCCUAAAGAUAAAUUAAAUUCAAUAUUGGCUGCUCCGGGCAGAGAGAUACCCGCAUUACUGUUACAAAGGCCGGAGCUGAGAUUACCGGAAGCGUUCGCUUACCCGGCCGUCUUACAAGACCCGGACAUACUCGUCAUAUCAUUAUCACAGUUGGAGAAUAUUAUCGAAAACGAGGAGAAGAAUCUGACCUCGCCCAAGCCCAAGGAGAAGGAAUCGAAACUUACUUCAUCGUCUAAGAGCUAUCCGCGAACAGAGCACACGAGCACACCUCAGCCGGAUCAAACUAGUCAACCGAAACCCAUACCGUCGAUGGACGCCCUCGCCGGCGAUAUAGACGCGGCGACCUCGGCCGCGCUCAACCAGAUGCUGUGGUUACCGUACUUAAGUCAGCUGGAGGCGAUGGCGGCCUGCUCUCAGAACAUGGACUUCCUGAAAGCUUUGAAUUCAUCUGGCUACACCGGGCCCAACUACCCAGACCUCUCCCAGAUGUUCAACCCCUCCGCUCGGUUCAUGAACCCGGGAGGCUUUCCCAUGAUGCCCACUAUGGAUUACGAUAACAGAUUACAGUUCGCAAUGUGGCAGGAGGCCAUGUCGCACGCCAACGCCUCGUCCUCUCAGAGACCUAAGCCAACGAUGGCCGAGCAAAUGAAGGAAUUGUCGAAAUCGAGCGACGUUCAGAACCCAUUCGUGCAUUCCACUAAGAGCCAUCCCAACAAACCGCACUCCUCGGCGCGGACGAGCCCGAUAGCUCACAACUACAACAACCAGAGAUCGAUGGCCCACAAUCCGUUCCUACAAGGGAUGUAUCCCGGCAUGAACCCGAACAUGAGGCCCAAUAUACCACUACCGGGACUGCAGAUACCGUACUUCAACCCUCAGAUGAUGAGCAACCAGCGCUCCCCUCGCACCGGCCAGCAGAAGAGUCCGAGCAGUCCGUACUACCCGAACAACAACUACCUGCAGUCUGUGAAGCAGUCGGAGUCACAGGCCCACCAGCGAACAGCGACCAGCCAGGAGGCCGCGCGGCCAAGGAUCAGUGUGAAGUCGCUGCACAACCUGCUGGAGCCGGCGGCGGCCGCGGCCUCGGUGGGGGCGCGCCGGACGGCCGGCACCCCGCUCGGCCGGCGGAGAGAGGAGCCCGAGGUCGGCAGCACCACGUCAGGGGAGCCCCCGGCACACCUCCCGCCGCACCCACACGACCCCUCGUCCUUCCACCUGUGGCAUCCCUUAUUCGGCAAGUAA